AUGGAAACCGACUUCUCCCGCCUCCCAAACUUCUUCGCUGUUGCAGCAGGAGGCAUCAUCAUCGAUGUUCACGAGUCGAUAAAUGAUGUGGCUGCAGAUCUAGAUGCUUUCGAGAAGGAGGUGCGGAAUCGAUUAUCGUUCCCCUGGGUGUUGGAAAAGCGACGACCAAGACAGACAUUGGACGAAAUCACUAUUCAGUUGCAAAAGCCCUCGAUAUCAACUUGGUGGUUCUGGAUGCCCAAGGAUGCUGGCUGGCGGAUCCGAAGCAUGCAGAUCUGCGUGGCACUUUUCCUUCCCUGUGACUUGACUCGGGAUGGUGGCCUUUGCUAUAGGAUCAUUGAGACUUUAAGUCACUACAAGGGAGGUAUCGAUGGGAUCGUUACCUUUCAUGAGUCAUUGCAGUUUGAGGUCGCUAAAGCCGCGGAGAUUCUCUCGCUUCCUACACCACCUGCAGCAGCUCUGGCAAUCGCAGCCGAUAAAUACAAGACCAGUAUUGCAGCAGGGCACCCAGCACUUCUGGCACAUGGCAAAGACGAAGCGCUACAGGCUGUACAAGAGCAUAAAUUACAAUACCCAUUGAUUCUAAAGCCAUGUCGGGGAUGGGGUUCUUCGGGUGUGUACAGAGCAGACAAUACCCUUGAGUUUGCCGAAGCUGCCGAGGCCAUUGCGAAGCAUGCCGAUCUACAUGGCCCACGAUUUGUCAUCGAAGAAUAUUGCGAUGGACCAGAAGUGGAUGUCAAUCUUGUACUCAGCGAGGGCGAGAUAUUGUUUGCUGAAAACUUGGUCGUUCAAGACCUGCACCAGAAGCUAUUGCGGCUGGGACUUCACUCCGGUGUAUUCCAUUUGGAAGCCCGUGUCAAAGACUCAGAAGUCGUAUAUACACUUCGGGAUGGGCUAGUGGAUCUUGAAUACCAAACGGAGUCAACAGACUCCACUACAACAAGUUCUUGGCUAAUCGAAAUAAAUGCACGACCACCGGGAAUUGCUGCAUCAGGUCCCGCCGAGGCCACGUAUGGCGUCGACUAUGUUGGACUUGGCUUGCUCUUCGCAUUGGAGGAUUCCCAGCGUAUACAUGCCUUGUCCCAGCCAUUUAUACAAGGGGCUCAGUACUGGUGUCACACCCAGUUCCUAUCUGCCGAUAGAGGGGGGAUUUUUGAUUCUGAUAAUAUUUGUGACGAGGCAUUGCAACGCAGGCCGGAUCUUGCCGAGCAUCUUCUAGAGAUCGCUGAAACCCUCGCGCGCGAAGUUCAGUACAGCAUCAAAUAG